CUCGCUUAAAAGCAGCCCGCCGUCCGGAACGGCCCCCACAGCUGAGCUUUUCCAACGCAGGAAGGCUUGCUGAAGCGGCACACGCCGGCCGACUCCUCUCCGAAAGAAGCCCCCCACGAAAGAAGCGAUGGCCGAGGACCCCGAUCCCACCGAGUACCUGUUCGUCUCUCUCGAGACCAAGCGCAAGGACCAGACCAAGCCUUACGAUGGCAAGAAGAUGGUCUGGGUGCCCGACGAGAAGGAAGGUUUCGUCCUGGGCAACAUCGUCUCUACAAAGGGCGACAUGGUCACCGUCGACUGUCCCGGCGGAGAGCAAACCGUCAAGAAGGACCUGCUGCAGCAGGUGAACCCGCCAAAGUAUGAGAAGUGCGAAGACAUGUCCAACAUGACGUACCUCAACGACGCCUCGGUGCUGCACAACCUCAAAGAGCGUUACUACGUUAAUCUCAUCUACACGUACUCGGGCCUGUUCUGCGUGGCCAUCAACCCCUACAAACGCUUCCCCAUCUACACCAAGCGCGUCGUGGAGAUCUACAAGGGCCGCAGGCGUACUGAGGUGCCUCCCCACGUGUUCGCCGUCUCAGAUGGAGCCUACAUGGACAUGUUGGCCAACCGUGAGAACCAGUCUAUGCUUAUCACCGGCGAGUCUGGUGCCGGUAAGACUGAGAACACGAAAAAGGUCAUAGCCUAUUUCGCGCACGUCGGCGCCACGAGCAAGAAAGAGGAGGCCGCAAAGAAGGACUCCAAGAAGGGCAACUUGGAAGAUCAGGUUGUGCAGACCAACCCCGUUCUCGAGUCCUUCGGUAACGCCAAGACCGUGCGUAACGACAACUCUUCCCGAUUCGGUAAAUUCAUCCGUAUCCACUUCGGUCCGAUGGGCAAGCUAGCCGGUGCUGACAUUGAAACAUAUCUACUGGAGAAGGCUCGUGUCAUCUCUCAGCAACCCGCUGAGCGUUCGUACCACAUCUUCUACCAGCUCAUGUCAGGAAAGAUUCCUGGGCUGAA